CCUUAAAUUGGAUGAUUCUUACAGGAGGAUACUUGUAUUUCAACACAUCAUGUAUAAAUUGUCAAGGUGACUUUGGUUUCAAUGGACAGAAUUACCUGGCACUAGAUGUCACUCUGGGAAAACAGGACCUUAACGCCUUUACUCUAGAAAUGAGAUUCAAGUCUUACAAAAAGGAUGGCUUAAUUCUGAUUCAACGCUGUCAGAAUUUAAUGCAAUUUUACUCUGUCUCCCUAGUCAACAAGCAUGUCGUAUUUUGGUUGAAUUCUAGUAAAUUCUUCAAGAUUGAGAGCAUACAUCCUGUACAAUAUGACAACUGGAAUAACCUCACUUUAACAAAGACAAACCGUCGAAUUAGACUUACUCUAAAUGACCAUCCUGUCGUUAAGAGUGAGAAACUUGGAUUUUGGCCACCAGAUAAUAUUUGCUUGAGUGAGAAGUUAUACUUGGGAGGCUACCACACCCCCUCAGUAUUGACCUUGGAGAGUCCCACCAUUCUGCCUUUCAGUGGUUGUGUCCGGGAACUGACGUUCAGGGGGAGAAGAGUAUGGUACUCUCUUUUAUACAAAGAGUACAGAUUGUCACUGGACACAGUGAUGGUAGAUAAACUGAGGGGAGGACUUCUAAAAAGCUGUGAUAUGACAGAACUGUGUAAUUUUACCCUAACUGCAUGGAACCUGACAGACAACUUGAAUCAGCUGUGUCACUGGACGGGGUCAGAGGUCACCAUCACUGCUGAGCUCAUACGCAACUGUUCCUCAGAUCCUCAAAUAGCUUAUCAGUGGACUGUUCAUUACCUCUAUGGAUUAUUUACAACAAUAUCAGAAUUCUCCAAGUCUCUGGUCUUACCCACAACACCCCUGAACAGGUCCUCCCUGACUCUAACAGUGGGGUCUCAGCAGGCAGAUCUUACCCUAGGGGUGUACGGAGUCAACCUUACUGUAGUCCUCAAUUCAGCAAUCAAUGCUACAGUGGUCACAGUACUGGGGUACUUUGUGGUAGGAUGUAGUGACGUAACAAACGUCCGGGAUCAGGACUGUUCAUAUAUUCAGGAUAUUAUAACACAUGACAUUAUGAUUUCAACAAAACUGUCAAAUACAAGUCACUGUAAAGGCCAGUCAGUUGUUACCAGAGGGAAUUAUAGCCAUCCAACAGAAUUCUGGGAACUGGAGCAAGAAGCCACAAAUAUUUUGUUAAAUUCCUCUACAAACACAACAAAUGAGCAAACAAAUAUUUCGUUAAAUUCCGCAACAAACAUAACAAAUGAGCAAGCACUAUUCCAGCUAAAGUGCCUGUCUAACUGUGACGUUAAGGCUGUACCUGGUCAGACCCUGGUACUACAGAGUCUGUGUGUUCCGUGUACUUCUCAUGCCUGGACUGUGUAUGGGUGUGGCACUCAGUGUGACGUGCUGAUUGGUGCAGACCCUCCACAGAAUGGUUCUAAGUUUAGUAUCUCUGUUAAUGAGAGCUAUGAAUAUCAAGAAAUAUUCUAUACAGGAAUCUUUCCCAGUGGCAGGAAUGAGUCAGUACAGUAUAAUCUGACUGUGAACCUACCCCCUACCCCGGGGAAUUGCACCAUUACCCCCCAGUCUGGUUACUCCCUGGUGACAGCAUUUAAUGUGUCCUGUCAGGGGUUCACAGACCCAGAUCUCCCCUUGACUUAUGUUGUUUAUCAGAGACAGCCUUCAGGUAAGGAGACAGAGCUAAUGAAGUCUGAUGAGGCUGUGAUUUCUCCCUUGUAUCUGAGUGAAGGCCCAGGGGAGGAUAACUACACACAGCGACUGAGUGUGAGAUGUAUAGACAGUGAAGGCCUAAUGUCAGCCACACCCAUUACUGUACAGGUACAGCCAUUGGAGGCCAAUCCUGGACAGAGUUUGGAUGUUAUAGAUGUGAUAUCUGAGAGUGUGCUGGGAAAUUCCAGUUCUGCCGGCAUCCUUAAUGAUCUUCUGGCUGCAGGGAAACAGUCAGCUGUAACACAAGUCCUAAGGUCCUCGGUAGUGACUUUAAACAAAGAUGUAGAGUCAAGUCCAGGAGAUCAACACAGACAAGAGCAACGUACACAGAUCCGUGGUGCCCUUGUGGCGGUGCUUGUCAACUCCUCCUCGGGACCCCCAGAAAGUAUCGACAUUAACGCUAUCACCAGUGUCCUCAACACAGCCACUGAGGUUCAGGAGGAACUGUCAGAGGAAACUCAGGACAAAGCAGUAGAAUUAUAUGAUGGAAUGACCACAGCUUUUUCUACACAAUCCGUCAACGUCACACAGAGUGCUGCUGAAACCACUGCAGGGUUACUGUUGGAAGGAAUUACCAUGUUACUGGACACCAAGACUAAGUCAGGGUACAAGGCAUUACACUCAGGACCAGCAAAUGACACACUAGAAAGACAGGUAAAGAGUUCAGCAGAGAAGCUACUUGGGACUGUAAAUACAAUCACUGACGUAAUGAUGGAGUUUAUCAAGCCUGAUGCUAAUCCCUCGGUGUUUACCACCAGUAAAAUGAACCUAGCUCUAUCCAAGGCUUCACCCUCACAGUUAGCAAUGAAGGAAUUAAACCUAAGUAGGGGGAAUAACUAUGGUGAUUUCACAAUUCCAGCAGAUAGCAAGUUGUCUGUCUUGUUGAGCAAUACAUCGUAUGCAAGCAUUCAGGUAAUGCUAACUGAGAAAAAUCCUUUCAUCUGGGACCUUUCCUCUGAUAAUCUGACCACACCAAUGGUUUCCAUGACUCUGAGAAAUGACCAACAACAAAUUGUAAAUGUUACAGAUCUAACGGAUCCAGUACAAAUAUUCAUCUCCAACACCAAUCCAACGGCAGAGAAAUCUGAAGAGAAUUUUACCAUCAAUGCCGCAAGUUUUGAUAGUUUUAACAGCACACCUGAUGAUCUUUGCCGGGUUUUGAAUUUAAAUGUCACUAAAAAAAGAUCCAACAUUUUGACCAUACAACCUUUGACAUUUAACCUUUCAAUCAGUGCAAUGGAAAUACAAAAUGGUACUAAUGUGAGUCAUUAUGACAUCACAUCAGCGGGGAUUUCCCUCAAUAAAGCUAACAACUUUACUCACAUCUUUACUUCCUUACCAUCUGGAGUCAUAGCAAUAGGUUUCUGUGUUGAUCAAACAAUGGAUAACUAUAGGGAAUUAAACAAAGGAUGUUUGUCCUUGACAUCAUGUGUAUUGACCUUGACGUUGGAGAUCCAGGGUUACUCUGCUGUGUGUAUGUACUGGAAUGUGUCCGGGGAUGCCUGGUCUUCAGGUGGAUGUCAGGUAGGAAGACAGACAACUCCUGAGACUAUACAUUGUGAGUGUAAUCACCUCACAGCUUUCUCCGGUAGUUUUUUGGUGGCGCCUAACUUUGUGGACCCUUUCGGAGAUGCGUCCCUAUUUCUGACGUUUUUCUCUAACCCAGUGGUGGUGUCCACAGUCCUCAUUAUCUGGUUGAUUUACUUCACACUUCUGACCUGGGCCACAAAACAGGAUAGAAGGGACAUGUACAGGGGAGGAGUAAUUGUUGCCCAUGAGAAUGACCCAAACAACAGAUAUGCCUACCUGGUGUGUGUAAUCACUGGCUGGUGGAAGGACGCUGGGACCUCGGCUAACGUCAGUCUAUCGUUCUCUGGGACGCGGGGUCACAGCGCCAGGCACUGCCUGAGUGAGUCGGUACCCGGGAGACAGUGCUUCAUGUCGGGGUCUGAGGACUGGUUUCUGAUUACCACUAGUCACAGCUUAGGGGACAUCAAGAGUCUGUCUGUCUGGCAUGACAACUCAGGAAAAUCUCCGGCAUGGUACUUAUCAAGAAUACUCAUUGAGGACCUACAGAGCCAGAAGACAUGGACGUUCCUUUACAGUGAUUGGAUUUCUGUGGACAGGGGGUCUGUCUCCCUCAAAAUCACGCUGCAGUCCUGCUCUGAUGAGGAGCUGAUGUCCCACAAGAACCAGCAGUUCUUCUUCAAGUCCAGUCGAGACCUCCGGGACUCCCACCUCUGGCUGAGUAUUGCGUCCAAGCCCUCCUACAGCACGUUCACCCGUGUCCAGCGACUGUCCUGUGCCCUCUGUCUACUUCUGAUGACCAUGCUGACCAGUCUCAUGUUUCACGGAAUUCCGACCGAUGACCCUGCGGACCAGGCCAAGGUGGGAUACCUAACCGUAUCUCUAUCUGACCUUGUUAUAGGGGUCCAGAGUGGGCUGAUCAUGUUUCCUGUAAAUAUCCUCAUCAUUCAGCUGUUUCUGAAAUCUAAGAGGAAACCGAGGGGAGGGGCUCAAGUCAAGAAGAAAGCAAGGAGAGAGAAGUACUCGGUAGUCAGUGUCGGGACUAGUGAGGGAGAUCAGACUUCAGAGAAAGAGAUGGAGCCCGCAAAGGAGAAUGGAAUUUUGCCAUGGUGGACAGUGUACAUUGCCUGGACCCUGGUCAUCACUCUGUCAGUUGUCUCCUCUUACUUUGUAAUGCUGUACGGCCUUAAGUUUGGCUAUCAGAAGAGUGUGGAGUGGCUUGUGUCAUUCUUCACUGCUUUCUUCCAAAGUGCCUUUGUCACCCAGCCCCUGAAAGUUAUAGCCAUAUCCCUUAUAUUCACAAUGAUUCUGAAGAAACCUGUUGAGAUCCAAGGAGGAAAGACCAGUUCAGAAGAAAAGAAGGAGCAGUACAGGGACAUAGACAGGAGGCAGGGGUACUACGUCCCUGACCCGCUGUCCCAGCGGCUGAUGAACCGAAUCCGCAGACAGCUGAAGCUAGAGGAGGCCACUCAGGCCACACUCAGGGACAUCAUGCUGUACUUAACCUUUAUAAUAUGUAUCAUCUUUAUGGCUCAUGGACAUCGAUCUGUCCGCGAUUCAUACAGGGUGCAUAAAUUUCUAGAGAAUACAUUUGUACAACCCAGACAUCCUCCUAUCUACAUCGAUGGCUCAGGAUAUUCCACAGACAUCUUGGAACUUGACAACGUGGCUAAUGUAGAAUUAUUUUGGUCCUACAUUGAAGAGCGUAUAGUGCCAGUCCUUGGUGAGAUGUCCCUGGGGAAUUCUGCAGUAGCCACGUCCAUCAGUGAAUACUACCUGUUGGGAUCGUAUAGACUGAGACAAGUCCGGAUAAAACAAGACACGUGUGAUUUCCCAGAUGUUCUGAGGAAGAGUUUCUCUAUUUCGUUGGACUGUACAGGGGAGUACUGGGUGGGGGAUGAAGACACAGGGGACUAUAACCUGACCUGGAGGAAACCCCUCCCCAACAAAGUCAAGUCCAUCCCUGACACCUGGAGCCACCAGUCCUCCUGGAAACUGAAGACUAUACCGUACGAGGGGAGGUUAGCGACUUACAGUGGUGGGGGGUAUACUGUGGUCUUAGCUGGGAACGUAACCCAAUCUCUGUCUGUGAUACACAACCUACAAAACUCAGACUGGAUAGAUCUUAGAACCAGAGCUGUCUUCAUCGAGUUCACAACCUACAAUGCUAAUGUCAACUUAUUCAGUGUUAUCAUGAUUCUCUUUGAAUUCUCCAAUAUUGGAGCCAUAUUUCCAAGCUACCAGAUCUUUACUACAAAACUUUACGGUUAUGAUAAUGGUCUGGAAAUAUUUACUGCGGUCUGUGAGGUAUUUUUUGUCAUUUUUACUCUGACGUUUUCAUAUAUAGAAAUCAGGAAGCUGUACUAUGGAGGUAGGACACAGUACUUCAGUGAUCCGUGGAGCUUUGUGGAAAUCAUUCAGAUUAUUUUGUCCUUCAGUGUGAUUGGCCUGUUUUUCCAGCGAUUCGUCUCGGUAUCUAGUACACUGUCAGACUACCUCACCAGUACUGAGUUUGUCAGCUUCUACACCGCCAUUUCUUGGGACAUGAUACUAAACUAUGUCAUGGCUUUCCUUGUGGCGCUGGUGAUUCUGAAAUUUUUCAAAUUUUUGAAAUUUAAUGCAAGAAUGUAUUUACUUUCACAGACCCUUUCUAUAGCCAGAGCAAACUUGAUUGGCUUUAGCGUGAUAAUCUUCCUAGUGGUAGUAGGAUUUGGACACUUUGCGGUGUUGGCAUUUGGACCUUCUAUUGAGGGAUUUAUGGACAUGGGAAAGACCCUCAUCACCCUGUUUAGACUAGCCCUGGGAGAAUCAGAUUUUCCUUCACUUCAGCAAGCCAACAGAUACCUGGGCCCCGUCUUUUUCUUCCUGUACAUAUUUCUGGUACAGUGGACAGUUUUAGUGGUGUUCAUAGCUAUUCUGAACUUUGCCAUUGAGGAGGCAAAGAGAAAUAUUGCUGAAAUGAGGAACAAGUUAGAAGUUGUGGACUACAUUUAUAACAAGAUUUAUCAGUUAUUGCCAAGAUGUUCUUGAAAGAGUUAUUUGUUUUCAUCUUGUUUUCUG